GAUCGCAGACAAAAAUGGAUGCAUCAUUCCACUGCUUCUAACCCUCAUCUAUGUUAUUUUUCAGUCGGUGUACAUUCCAAAGGACCUGUAUGAUAGAGCUUAUGCUGCCUGCAGGAGCCUCCUGAAGCUGCCAAAGCCCUACUGCGAUGUGGGUCUGGCCUGUGUCAGGCACAUGCAAGUGGAGAGGUCCAAACCAGGUGCUCUGUACCAGAGGACAGUGAUUGCCGAACACAAUCUGUGGAAUGAAUCUUUCCCAUUCCAGGAAAUGGUGUUUGUGUUUGCCGAUGCAGCCCUGUUCUCUGGCCCUCUGGGAGGGGCGGUGCAGUGGCAUCUGGAGUCGGGAGCGUCCCAGCAGCCCCGGGCCUCGCACAUGCGUACUGUGCUGCUGCACACCCUGCAGGCUGCGCUGGGAAACAGCUGCCAUGGCAACGCUCUCGCCUGUGCUCUGAAGGACGCGGUCGGGACCACGGAGACCUACUUCCAGGAAGUGGUGGAAGCCGUGGAGCACAACUCUGAGGAAGCCGGGGAGCCGGCCGGCGGAUACAGGGACAGACUGCAGCGACUUUACCGCCACAUCCUGUCAGCGGGAGGCCAAGGUGAGGCGUCUGGUGGCUCUAUGUGUGAGACUCCUCUUCCCACCCCUGUUGUUAGGUAUCACCUGUGGCAGGAGGAGGACAAGCUGUGGCUGCCGCUGGAGAAAUGGAUUCAGCAAAUUUCCACAGAAACAACACCAGCUAUGCAAAAGUCCUCCCGCAUCUCUAGAGACAGUGGUAUAGAGGGAGACCUGGCUGAGAACGAGACCUCGGAGGUGCCGGCGGGCGGGUCCCGGGUGUGCCAGCCCCAGGGAGGAUCGCAGAUGCACCGUGACGCCUCCGGGGAGCACAAGUGGGUCCGGAAGCACUGUGUGAAGAAGAAGCCUCCGGGCCGGGCCAACAGCCUCCCAGCCAUCUCACGGGAAUUCUCCAUCGACCUGGAUCUCGACGAGGACAGGGACACAAAUCUGUUCCACUUCACCGCCUCUGUGGUGGUCAUGGGAGAUGACCGGGUCCUAGGGAGGCUUGCUGAGGCUUAUCACGCCCUCAGGACAGGUGGGGAAAGUCUUCCUCUGAUGAGCAGAGUGAACCUGGAGAUAUAUUACAUUCCAGUCACAGACCAGCAUACCACAAUGGAAGGUACCGGAAUGGACUAUCUAGAUGUGGCCUCUCAUCUGGGAAGGGUUGACCCGUGGUACGAGUGCAACAUCAACAGCCUGGCACAUUGGAUCCCCACUCUGGAGGAAACUGCAAAGACCAGCAGGUCAUGGGAUCCCAACCCCUUCUUGCUGGAUGUCCUCUCCUACUACAAGCGCACAGCUUGGCAACCAGUACACUUCACCAUCUACUCUGUCAAGAUCACUCACCCGAACCAAACUCUGGAGCGAGUGUUUCUAACGCACCUGGAGGUAGAUUUUUCAGAAUGGAUAAACACCAAAGUAGAAACUGCGAAGAAGGAGACAACCCCUACAUUGUGUGGGCCAGUUGUUUCCAUAACAUACAGAAAGGUGUCUCUGAACAACAGACACGUGGAAAAGGGGAAAUCAUGCAGGACAACUGGUGUUUUAAUCAGCGCCAUUCCCUCCGAUGAAACAGAAGACCUGAACCAUGAUCAGCUUACUCUAAGCUUUAAGGAAACAAAAACAAGCGCGGAGUCCCUGAUCCGGAGCCGCAACAUUAAAAUCAAGACACUGGAAAACAAGAGCUUCACUGUACGUUUGGACAAAGAUACUCGCAGGACAUAUGAAGACGUUCAGAGUAUUGAAAUAUCUCCGUGUCAGAAUCCUCGUUGCAUUGAAAACAAAGACCUGACUCUGCCAAUCAACACCUUCUCCGGCAGCAACCAUUGAUUGACAGGCAGUGUAGCCAAAGCCAUCUAGAGAAGUGGAGAGUGAUUAAUAAAGCUGCCAAUGAUACUUCAACAGCUCUCUCAGACUCAGAAAUGUGGACUAUGAGUUGGAUUUUUCAGACAUUAAAGAGGGCUUUGUAUUAAGAAACUAAAGCCGGGUGGAAGUUUGACUGACCAGCUAUUACUGAAACCAUUUUGUGAGGGCCUUUGACUUCAGAUUGUUCUUGAGCAUGUCCAACUGUAUUCUAUUUGUAGAAACCAAUUUUCAAGCUACCUUUUCUUGGAAUCGUCUGUUAUAAAACAGACCUUUCCAUUCUGCUACCUCUGUGUGCCUGGCCACUCCCAUUCUGUGUGCCUGCACUUCCUGUUCACAUUUCUGAUCUGUUCUGCAGAAACCCUGCCCAUGUUCCCAUGCAGACUGAAGAUCCACCUAUGCAGAUUCUACCCUGACUCUUUAGUUGCUUUCUUUCUUUCUGUCUUUAGAUUUGCUUGUGGAGUUUUCUUUUGUUUGUUACGAUGUAAAAUUAUAUUCUUACAGUAGCAAUAACAUUACACUUACUCAUUAUAAAUGGG